AUGUACAUCUGCAUAUCCUACAGUCCCUCAUCCAGGGCCUCGAAGCGCAUGCACGGACAGCAUCCGGCUCCGCUGCAUGCAGUCGAGCGAUCUCCAUUGAUUGCUAUCAAAGAGAAGAAUCCAGGCCUGCACGCUUCACGCGCGGAAACAAACUCUUCCUUGGCCUCAGUUGCGUUGCGUCUCGCCACAGCAUGCUCAUCCCGCGCUAUCUCAGACAAUGCUGCUCGGAAUCUGCAUGCACGCACAUGCGCCGGCGACGACGAAUCUUUUUCUCCCUCCACAACGUGCAACGGUCGCUUUGCCAGCGAUGACUGGAAACACAUCCGGGUUCCGGCCUCGCCUCACGCCGCGCUCAGGGCUCUCCAUCAUGCUUGCGAUACAGAGCUUCUGCGGAACAGGCACCCAUCCGGCUUUGUCGAAGGUUACAGUGCCGACUGCGACGUGCAGGAAACUUGCCUCUUCGAUGGGGGCGACUCCCGCUGCGCGCCCCUAUCUGAACGCUGUGCGUCGGGCGUCGGGCAUUGGGCGACGAUUGGCGCGUCCGUCGCGUUAUACCCUCCUAAUCACCUCCGCUUUGUUCGACUUCCGGCAUUCGGUUUGCCGUACAUCCGCGCGAGCGUUUCAGCGACAGAGCCAACGCCGGGAAGGAAUCAAGCGUGCUCGCCUGGCGGAAGGAUGAGCAUGAGCGGGUUCAUUCAUCUCAAAGACGAGACUCCAAGGAUAUUCGAGGGAAAUUUCUCGCGAAAAACUACUCACCAAGAUAAUUUGGAUCCGGCAAUCUCGGAAUCCGGUGGUCACAAUGUUGAUAUCGCAGUUCGGGCACGGAAGAAACACUCCUGCUUAUCUUGGCUGGAAACGUACUGAAUGGCAAGGCUCUGACAGGCAGAGACUGCUGGCAUGAAUACGACGUCUCCAGACAAUUCCAUACAACUCAACCCACCGGCCUGGGCUCAUCAGGAAUAAGCCCGACCUUCCCGGACGCUGUGAACCUCGAGAUGCACGCAUCGCACACCGAGCGACGCCUACGUCCGACUGGCCAAUGGCGUACUCCACAGAGCGGUCUGCGCUGGUUAGGCCCCGUGCGACGCUUCUUUAGAUCUGACUUGGCGGGAUUUCGUGCGCGCGC